CUGGUCACAUGUCACACGACAAGAUUUUUUUUUUAUAAUUAGUAUUAUUAUUAUUGCUAUCAUGAAAUUUCACCUGGCCUCUCUUAAAAUGAUGUCUGUCCAUAAAGCGUGCAUUAUCUAUUAUUAAUGUUCAUAAUCAUAUAAAUGAUGUUGCUUUUUACUACGGGGCCGCUGAAUGUUUGAAUCUGAUUGGUUGACCAACGUUCUAAGGUGUGCAAAAUAGGCCUAACUUUUUUAUUUAAUUGAGUUAUAUCCAGUGAGUAAAUACAUGUACGAGAAAUCUAGUUAAUUUUCGAACAAAAUGAAUCUCCAUUCAGAUAAUUAAGCAUUUCUAAACACUAUAGAUGCGCAGCAGGCGUGAGCGCGUGUUGUGCAGCCGCAUCACUCUCUCCUCCUCUCUCCUCUCGCCUUUCAGCGCGCCGCAGCCCUACAUCUCUAUUCACAGAGGGGGUAGCCCGACUCCUCUCCUCUCUCCUCCAUUCUGUCUCAGAGGUGGAUGCCAUGCAAUCGGAUUUUCUUCAUUAAUCGGCUAUAUUCAUUCACAUGGCCAUCGCGUAGGGGGUGUUUUAAGGGUACGAGAUCCCUCUUGGUGGCGACAUUACAGCAGACGGAGAGAGCCUUCGGUCAGCUUCAUCAGCUACUGUAAGGCACAUCAAGAUUGAGCCAGUCAGUACCAUGGACCUAUAGGAGCAGUAAUGGCUACUUGCUGUACUUCUCGCUCUGAUUGGAUAGACUUGUAGCAUGCGUUCCCUACGUAAGACUUUGCUGUUAGCUCUGGUAGCAUCAGUGGUGCUGGUUUUGGCAGUGCUACAUUCUUGGCCCACUCGGGUCUACAGCACUGUGGAUGUCCGGUACAGACCAGGUCCUGGAGCUGAGCGGAUGCUGGAGGAGAGACUUCCCGAACUAGAUCCCAGCACUAGCACCAUCCCUUACCGAGUGAGGGAGAGUGUGGCCAGGCUUUUGGCUCGCAAUGGCUGUGUUUGUGAAGGAGACAGCAGAGGGGUCAACCUGCCAUUUGCUCAGCUCUUGUUCCCCAGAGUGUCUGCCCAUCCGCUGCACACUGCCUUCCAGGCCUCCCAGCUCCAUGAGAUGAAGAAACGGCGUGCCAAAGAGUAUCAGAGCUUUCAGAUGAGGUCACAGACCCCUUCUGAUCUGCUGAUUGUAGCUGAAGCUAACAAUCCUCUGCAGUAUCCAACCCAGGGUGUGGAGGUUCGGCCACUUAAAACUAUCCUUAUACCAGGUUUGGCCUUAAAAGAGCUGCCCCAAGAUGAAUAUACUCUGAACUUUUCAGCAUCUCUGGGUACAUUUAAUGUGGCAGCAGAGGUGGAGGGGGUAAAGGUCAAGGGUGAUGGCGAGAUGCACAUGACCCUGAGCAGCAGCCUUUUGUCCAGUCUGAAUCGACAGCUCCAGUUUAUCACAUAUACUAACACGUUGUUCCACCCCAGCACAGCUGACACAGUGCAGUUAGAUAUAGAAGGACAUCAAGCUCUGUUUUCCAUCAAGAUCCGUCAUGGAGUUACACCCAAACUCUACAACACAGGCUCUGAUGGAGAUCAAGAGUAUAACAUCAGUGCUCUUGUGACCAUAGCAACUAAAACCUUCCUGCGCUAUGACAAGCUCCAAGAUUUAAUUGACAGCAUACGCCAGUACUAUCCAACAGUUACAAUAGUGAUAGCAGAUGACAGUGAGCACCCGAAAACAGUAUCAGGCCCAUAUAUUGAACAUUACAUCAUGCCCUUCGGAAAGGGCUGGUUUGCUGGUCGUAAUCUGGCCGUGUCACAGGUCACCACCAAAUAUGUGCUAUGGGUGGAUGAUGACUUUAUUUUUACUACCAACACAAAGCUGGAGAAGCUGGUGGAUGUGCUGGAGAAAACCACACUUGACCUGGUUGGAGGAGCAGUGCGUGAAGCUACAGGUUACACUGCCACCUACAGGCAGACUAUCUCAAUUGAAGCUGGAGAGGAAGAUGGGGACUGUCUGCACAUGCGGAGAGGCUUCCAUCACAUCAUCCAGGGCUUUCCUCACUGUGUUGUCACUGAUGGAGUCAUCAAUUUCUUUCUUGCCAGGACAGAUAAAGUGCAGCAGGUGGGCUUUGACCCCCGGCUAGCCCGUGUUGCGCAUUUGGAGUUUUUUAUAGAUGGACUCGGCUCCCUGCAUGUUGGGUCAUGUGAUGAUGUCAUUGUGAACCAUGCCACAAAAAUCAAGCUGCCAUGGGGACAGUCGGAAAGCGACAAAACUUACGCAAAGUUCCGCUACCCUCCUGCUUCAUCUGAUGCGACACACACCAAAAAUGGCCUCCUGUACUUCAAAAACCGCUUCCAGUGUCUAACACACAACUGAACACCCUGACUAUGCCUUCUUCUCUUUCUCUCAUCCCCCCUUAAUUGAAUACUCUCUCCCCGAGUAGCUAAAGGAACCUCUGAAGACACUGGAAGUGUGCUGUGUAUGUACUGUACUGUAUUUGGUCCAAUGUGAGUAUGGGGGAGUUCAAAUAAGUCUGUUCUUUUGGAAACUCUCAUAGUGUGAUCACACAUGACUGACGGAUGAGAUGCACAGUCAUGGCUGGUUAAGAUUUUUUUGAUACCUGAAGAUGUCGUAUUUUUGUGUCUCCUUUCUUUAGCUUUAUUUUUGUUCACAAGAAUUCUUUAGAUGCUGAUCAAACCAUUCUGUAAAUUAUGCACAGCCUUCUUUUUCUCCUUAGCCAAUUGUGUUUCAGUAUCACAUUUAAAGGGAUAAUAAGGAAAAAAAAGUAUUCUGUCAUCAUCUGCUCGUGGAUGUUGUUUAAAAUGCAUAUAACCCAGCGAGCUGCAUAGAAAAAAGGUAUUUUGGAGGGGGUCACAGACAGAGUUUUCCUUUUUGUUUGUAGUGGUAACAGCAUUCAAAAUGUACUGGAAAUAAAACAAUCCAAUUAUGCUUAUUUAUAUAAACACAGACUGCAAAACUUCAAAAAUAACUCCACAUCACAAUACAGACGGAAUAAACUUUCAGUUUAAGUAGCUUGUAUAAUGAAAGUUUACAGUGACAGAGUGACAUCACUGGCCAAAUGUCCCGUUUUCGUUUCCUUUUUUUUUUACUGGCAUAUUUCUCAAACCACAGCAUUCAGAUGUUUCCACAAACAAACAUCUGAAAAGCUCCGCCCAUGUGUACAUGCAGUUAUGGGCAGUGCCUUCAGAGUGUUUACAGUAUUGCAAUCUGAUUAGAGACUUCCAAGCGCAUUCACGACAUGAAAGUAAGUCAAUUUUGACAGAAUUUUCAUUUUUGAGAGAACUAGUCCCUCAAUUGAUGAGAAAACGAGGUUUCUUUUGAAACUGAAGAACAAAGAGAAGACAGCCGAGGGAAACAUUUUGAACAAUGACUUUUAGAAUUUUUUUAAUUCCAGUUAAAGGGAGACCAUUUCUUUGGAACAUUGAUCGUGUGUUCUUAUGUAUGUCUGUGUGAGGGUCAUCUCUCUGUACGUUUGCACUAAACCAAAUGGACUUCAAUUGGAGAGACUCGACCCUCAGCGUCACUAAAAAGAAGGAAUGGACUGAACAUCAUUAGCAAGCUAAAACCACAGACUAUCCAACCCGUCUCUUUCAUUAUCUCUCUCCCUCUCACAUACACACUCUGAAAGAUAUAUCAGCAAAAGAUAGAUGGGUGAUUCAUUGUACAUCAGUAAAAUCUGAAUUUUAUUAUUAUUAUUUAUUAUUAAGAGUGACUGUGCCAAAGGCUUAAUUACUGUCCUUGUAUGACUUGAUUUUUGUUUGUACUUUUUUUACUUCCUUUAUUCUGGGAUCUUUUUAAGAUUGUAUCCUAAAGUACUGAAGCAUGAAUAUAGCAGCCAGAAUGCCACCUUUUAUAAAUUUAGUUUGCAAGCCCAUCAUAAGCAUAUAUUCCAAAGUUGCUUACUGUAAUGCUUUUAUUUGUUUGUUUGUUUGAGCGGGAUUUCAUCCAAUGCCAGAUUUGUUGGGGAAAUUGUCAAGUCAGUUGCUUUUGCUGUGCAGAAUGGCUGAGACAACUAACUUUACUAAAAUAAAAAAGCAGAAUUAAUAAACUUAAAUGGCACAGAUGUGCAAAUAUAAAUGAAUGAAUAAAAUGGUAAUUCAAAUGUUAGGCUAUAUCUACAUUAGCAGUCAAAAUAUGGACACACCUGAUUCUUUAUUCAUUCUUAUUUUCCACAUACAUUUUGUCAUGAAAAUGUUGAACCUAAAAAAAUCAUAAUUAAACGUUAUACUCUAGCUUUUUUUAAGUAGCCAAAUUCUGCUCAAUGAUCCAUUUUUUUUAAACUAGGUUUUUAAAAGACAUUCAUGAACAGACACUAUGUAUAUUUCUUACCCAAAAUUAACCUUUAAGAUCAAAAGGUCAUUAUAAAUGUGUCCAAACCUUAAUUUGUACUCUAUAUUUGAUAGAAAUAAAUAAUUGUUUAAAAAAAAUUACCUGUAUGCAGCCACCUACUGUAGAGUAAAAGCAUGUACGAAGCUAAUGUAAUAGCUGUCUAAUUCAAUAUAUAACAUCCUUGUGCAUAAUUUUUAUUACAUUUGUUUGCAUAUUGUUUGUUUUAUGUGUGUGUGUGUGUGUGUGUGUGUUUGUGUGUGUGUGCGUGUGUGUGUGGGAGAGAGAUAAGUGUUUUUUAAAAUACAUCAAGUGUGCUUUUCAUUGUCGCUCAUGAACAGCAUGAGGCCCUAAUGACUGUUUUCUGCAUUAUAUAUUGAACAACAGAUUCUUUAAAUAAUGUUCAACAUUAUGGCCUUGUCAAAGAUUAUACCUGUGUGUGUGAGUGUGGGGUAGUUUUCCCCAUCCUGUCUAAAAACAGUGCCAAACAGGAGACUUUCUAGAAAGCCUUAAAAGAGGUUAAGGAAGUGAAAGAACAAAGUAAAAAAAAAAAAGAUACAUAAUGAAUUUUAUAUAAUACAUAAUUCAGUACAUAAUGGAUUUUAAUGAGCACACAGGCUGAAUAUAACAAGCAAUGGUGUAAAAUUGAAUUGAAAACUAAAUCUUGUGCUCUUGCUUUGUAUCUUGAAUGUGAUGCUCCUCAAAACAAAACAAAAAAAAAAAGGUUAAAAAAUCCUUUUAAAUGGCUCUUUAUCACACUCUACCAGUCAUUAUACUGCAGUUAUCUGCCCUGCAUAUUCGCAAGGUCAGAAGGAGCAUGUAAAAGCAUUGGUGUAAGGCUGAUUCUUACAAUUAGUUUCAGAUGAGCUUAAGAUGAUAGGAGCUUAAACAGAUAUGGGAAGCUGAAUAUCAGAUUUUUUUUUGGCUGUGUAUUAAAUGGAGAGUUUGAAUUUUUGAUGAUAUUUAAAGCAUUUUUCUCAAAAACCUCCCUGCUUCCUCCUCACUUCACUGAUCAUGAUUCUGUCUCUUCAUCUCUGGAUUCUCACUGAGUCUGCAUGACUUCUAAUUUCUGUUGGGGUUUUGUAUCUCUACAGGAAGGUAGCUAAUUUUCUGUCUCCCAAAAACUAUGGCUGCCUAUUGAUCAUAUUUUAAAAGAACAAAAUGUAGUUUGCAAAUGUCCCUUAAAUAUAAAGCUGGAAAUUUUAGUUUUCCUUUUUUGUAAAUGUAAAAAAAAAAUAAUUUGUUGUCGAAUGGAAUGAGAUAAAGGCUUUGGUGAU